GGGACACAGUGAUCGUGUCCGGGCGGAGGCAGGGACAGUGAUCGGACAGAGGAGGAGGACUCUGAUCAACACUCAGACGGGACACUCAGCGGUUCAGAGUUACGAUGGCGUCUCACAGGCUGAGCGGCUCUCCGGACGUCAGGAUACAGAGGAGCUACACGCAGCAGCAGAGUCCCAGAGGCAGCCAGGACAACUUGUUUGGUGUCAGGGUGCAGAUACAAGGGAUUAAAGGUCAACCCUACGUGGUACUGAACAGCUCUGGCCAGGAGAUCCACCGGGACGUCUCCAUCAUCACUCACCAGGCGGGGUACAACCCUGGAAUGACGAGGAGGUCUGUGGAUGAAAGACGCUCUCCCUCUGAGUUACAAAAGACUGAAACCUCCUCCGCGUUUCAUUAUCAGAAACACCCGGAGAUUCUGAGACCUUAUGACCCUGAAAGUAAUGACCUAAACGUAGUCCUUCCUUCAACAGCGUCAGUUGCUCGACCUGGACAGCUAAACACCGGCCCUCUUCCUGAGACUGUGAACAAACCCAGGAUCCCUCUUCCUGCUGAGGCCCCAGUGGGAGACCAAAGUGAUAUGACACCUCCCUCAGGUAGACAAGUUCCUGCAAGGUCCCCAAACUCAGUGGAAACAGAGUCCUUCAUAUCUGUUGGGAACUUAAUAAGCCGGUUCAACAGCAACCAGCGGAGGGGAAGGGGAGGCCCGAGGAACAGGUUGGACCCAGAGCAGUGUCGAAGGUCACGCAGCGUGGACAGCGGUCGAAACUCAGACUCCUCGUCCUCCUCCUCUUUCACCAGCAGAGCUUCAUCUCUGAAGGGCGUCAGGGGCGAGACCCCAGGUGGGAUAUAUCCUCCGGGGUCAGCCAGGGCGAGACUCCUCGGCGGAGAAGCCUCUUUGGCAAGGGAGGAGAACAAGCCCAGCACAAUGCUUAAAGAAUAUCAUGGAAAAGAGACGAUGUCUCCACAUGCUUCAAGAUUACUUCACAGAGCAGAGAAACCCUCAAUCCCCAGAUCAUGUAGUGACCCGACGGAUAACUCUGAUGAAAGAGAUGCACAGGUCACUCCUGAUCUUCUGAAAGGACAGCAAGAGCUCUCAGUAGACCCACCGGAGGACGCAGCAAAACAAAUCCUCUUCACUUACCUAAAGGAUGGGACGACUGAUGAUGACUCCACCACUCAGAAGAAAGUCCACCAGCUGCUUGAAAAGGUCAACAAGAUCAAGUGGAAGUCUGCUGAAAAUGUGGAGGGGGAGAAAGACUAUGCAGUUGAGGUAAAGUUUUUGCAAGAGAAACAGGCAGCGCUGGAGAAAGAAUUGUCUGACUUAAAGCAACAACUGGAAACAGAGAUUAAGAAUGAAAAGACUCUGGCCAAGGCUUGUGAAAAGGCCAGAACAGAGAAGAAGAAACUUCAGGAAGAGUUGGCUAAAAGUCAGGAGGAGCUCUGCAAACUCAGCAAACGACUGGCAAAGAUCGAGGCCGAACUUCAGUCUACCACACAGGAGCUGACUCACAUGAAGGCAGAGAGAGAGAGAUCUAAGACGGAGAUGAAAGACCUUCAGCAGCAGCUCUCUGAGAUGCACGAUGAGCUGGACCAAGCCAAGAAGGCCGAGGAGAUAAACACAGAGAAAGAAGUCCUUCUGGAGGAAAUGGCGCAGCUGCGCAUGGAUUUUCAGGAGAUGCUACAGGUGAAGGAGGAGCACGAGGAGGUGCUGCACCACAGGGAGAGGGAGCUCAGCGCGCUGAAGGGGGCACUCAAAGAGGAGGUGGAGACUCAUGAUACAUACAUGGCUGCUCUGAGGGAUGAAUAUGAAAACGAGCUUGAAAAGCUGCUCAGGAAUUUAGAACUGACUAAAGAGAGCAGUACUCAGCUGGGUCAAAUGAAGGUCGAAGCAGAGGAGGAGAGAGGAGUAGCUGAGGUGCAGUUGAGGGAGCUGGGCCAGGACAGAGAUCAGCUGAGAGGAAAGGUGCAGGAGCUGAACAACAAGAUGGAUCAGCUGAGUCAGGCAAUCCAGGAGUCAAAAAGCACAGAGAGGCUGCUGGAGCAAAGAGCAAAGCAGCUGGAGAGGGAAAAGCAGCAGGUUGAGGAAGCGCUGAACGAUGUGAGGAGGAACGAGGAGGAGAUGUGUCUGUCUAACCAGUCGCUGCUCACUCGCUUGGAAGACGUGCAGAGUAAGAUGACCAAACUAAAUCAUGACCACAGGGACCUGAAGGAGAAGCUCAAGGAGGAGAGGAAACAAAUAGAGGAGCUGUGGAAGACAAAAACUGAGCUAGAAGAUGAGAGAAGGCUGCAGGACAGGAAUGUGGAGCAUCUGCAGAGGAAGAUGAAUAGCAUUAUGGAGGACUGCGAGGCGUCUACAGAUAUACUUCAGAACCAGGUCGAUGAGGCCAGAGAGAAGAAUCAGAGGGAGUUGGACGAGCUGCGGAGACAGCUGCAGGAAAAGGGAGCAGAGCUGGAGAAAUCCCGACAGGCAGCCAAAAAACUUCAGGAAGAGCUGCUUCCUCUAGAGGAGGAUCUGCGUCGGUGUCGCCGGGAGCAGCAGGAGGCCCAGCUGAGGGGCCGGCAGCUGGAGCAGAAGGUGGAGGAGCUGGAGGAGAAGAACACAGCCACAGUGGGGGAGCGAGACCGCCAGGUCAAACUCAUGGAGGGACGUAUCGGCCAACUAGAAGAAGAUCUUAAUGAUGAGCGCACCAGUGCUGACCGCCUGAUGGAACGAUUAGACAAAACCAAAGAGCAGAUGGAUCAGAUGAGGAGCGAGCUGAUGCAGGAGAAAUCAGUCAAGCAGGAUCUGGAGUGUGACAAGAUGAGCCUGGAGAGACAGAAUAAAGACCUGAAGAGCAGAGUGACUCAUCUGGAGGGAUCGCAGAGGACCAACCAGGACUCACUCGUCUCCAAACUUAACAGCCGCAUCCAGGAACUUGAGGAAAGGUUGCAAGGAGAAGAGAGAGACAACAACAGCCUGCAACAAACGAACCGUAAGCUGGAGCGCAAGGUGAAGGAGAUGAAGAUGCAGACGGACGAGGAACACAUCAACCUGCAGAGCCAGAGAGACCAGCUGACUCAGAGACUGAAGACGGCGAAGAGGCAGAUGGAUGAGGCGGAGGAGGAGAUUGAGCGUCUGGAACACGCUAAAAAGAAGCUACAGAGAGAACUGGACGAGCACAUCGAGGCCAACGAGCAGCUUAAUGGCCAACUGAGCUCACUGCGGAACGAGAUGAGACGUAAGAGGAAAUCGCCUCCUCUCAUUAAAGUCGUGGAGGACGACGUGAAGGACCUGGAUGACUUGGGAUCUGAUUGACUGACGUGUGAUAAAAAAAGAGAAAUGCUGUCCAACAACAAUUUCUGGACAUUAUUAAGAAAUGUUGGACCUACUAUGAAGAAUUCCUUGAUAUCAUAACUCAACAUUAUUCUAUUAACAUACUCAGGUUUGGUUUCAUAAUGUUUCCAGUUGUGAAUAGUGUGGCACCUUGCCAAGUCUGACCUCUUGUGGCAAAAUGUAUAACUACAAUACCUGACAAAAUACAAAAUGCAACUGACAAAUUUGCUUAUGUACCUGUACUUAAAUUGAUUAAUGUGUUCCCUAAGUUAUUCCUUUUUGUUGUGUGAUGCUGUAAUAUCAUGCAAACUGCUAAUCUUAAACCAAUGAAUAAAUGUGUGUAAGAUA